ACACGAUUCAAUGAUUUACUAAAAUAAAAUAAUUAAAUUGGUUCCAAAGUUUUUGUUUGUUGACAAAAGAUUGCUUCUUAGCAAGCUUUCUUUGUUUCAUUCACAAAAUAAAGAUCAUUUGUGUCGGUAUCUCUCUCUCUCUCUCUCUCUCUCUCUCUCUCUCUCUCUCCUCUGCUUCUUGGUGGUUUCUCUGUUUUGCUUGAAUUUCCUCUCCAAAGACUCCAACUUUCAUCUCUGUUUUUCUUCAAAGAAAGUGAUUAUGGCCUUAAAGACAUUUGAAUUAUUGAAAGGGUGUGAAACUCAUGAAGAGAUUAUGAAAGUUCUUGCAUCAGUGGCUGUAGAUUUAGGUGAUGUAAUUGAUGAUGUGAGUACUGUGGAAGUGAAUCCCUUAAAGGGUGCAAUGACAAAUGAGGUUUUUGAGGUAAAUUGGCCAACAAAAAGUGAUGGUCAUCUUAGAAGGGUUUUGGUUAGAUUAUAUGGUGAAGGUGUUGAUCUUUUCUUCAAUAGGGAUGAUGAAAUCCAAGCCUUUGAGUCUAUAUCGAAGAACGGACAAGGUCCGCGCCUUCUUGGUCGGUUCACCACCGGUCGAGUUGAAGAGUUCAUUCAUGCCCGGACACUGUCAGCUUCCGACCUCCGCGACCCUGAAAUAUCUCCUUUGAUAGCAUCUAAGAUGAGAGAGUUUCACAAUCUUCGUAUGCCUGGUGCAAAGAAGGCUCAAAUUUGGCAGAGAAUGAGGAAAUGGCUUAAUCAUGCUAAAAGUUUGUGCUCCCAAAAGGAUAUCAAGAAUUUUGGCUUGGACAAUCUAGACGUUGAAAUAAAUAUGCUGCGGGAGUUGUUAUCAAAAGGACAUCAAGAGAUUGGUUUUUGUCACAACGAUCUACAAUACGGUAACAUAAUGAUGGAUGAAGAGACAAGAUCAAUCACUUUAAUUGACUACGAGUAUUCGAGUUACAAUCCUGUUGCGUAUGACCUUGCAAAUCAUUUCUGUGAAAUGGCGGCAAAUUACCACAGUGACACGCCUCAUGUUCUUGACUACAGUAAAUAUCCUGAUGUUGAGGAACGUCGAAGGUUUAUUUAUACAUACUUGAGUUCUGAAGGCAAAAAGCCAAGUGAUGCUGAAGUGGAGCAGUUAGUGAAUGUUGUAGAGAAUUACACUCUUGCAAACCAUCUUUUUUGGGGCUUGUGGGGACUUAUUUCAAGUUAUGUCAAUACAAUUGAUUUUGACUACAAAGAGUACUCAAGGCAAAGGUUUCAACAAUACUGGAUAAAGAAACCUAUUUUGUUGACAUGAUUGCUUCUUUUGUGUUUCUUAUAGCUUAGUAUAGUAAUGAUAUCAAGAGGCAUGAUAUGUAGUAAAUAUGUAGAUAUUAAUAUAUAACUCAAAAUGUGUGAUGGAUUUUCUUUUAGGCCAAAUGCAUUCAGGUGCAUUCAGGGUUCUUUAAGUUCAAUGUUCGUACCAAAUCAGUCAUUUAAGUUUUUAAGUACCAAAUUUAUCCUUUAAGUUUUUAACAGAUUACACUGUUACCCAUAAGUGGUAACAGUGUAAUCUUUUACGAUCUUAAAUGACCAAUCUAUUACUAAUUAUAAACAUUAAACUUAAAAGACAACUGAAUGCAACUGGCCUUUUUUUCUUUUGUUUUUUUAAAGUGUCAUAUAGUGAAAUGUAUUUUUUUUUCUUCUGAAAACUUAAAUAUUUGUAUUGUUAGAAUUAUGCAAAUCUUAUAUAUAGAUUGUUUAUGA